AUGGAGUUGAACGUCGCACGGGCCACUCUCGACGUCUCCAGCUCCGAGCUCUCUGGGCGCGUGGGCCUAGUUCUCCCCGUGCUGCAAGCGGGGAUCGAGAACCACGAGGCGGCGCCCAUCGAGCACUCCAGGCGGAAUGUGGCCUCGCACUACUUCGGGGGUUCAGCCGACUUCAUCGCUGGCGCCUCGCAGAGCGAGCUCAACAGCAUUCAGCGGGACCAGGUUGGCCGAGGACCCCUACGCCGCGCAGAGACGGGAGGUGGCCCCAGCAGGGCCAACGCUCGGCCACAGGGGGCGGAGAACCUCCUUCCAGCUGUUCGGGACCUUUCCCUGCACGGCCUACUGGCGCCGCGGGCGAUACCCGCCACUGGCGACACGGUGUGGCAUGCCAAGGUGCUGGAACGUUUCUUGGCGGCCCGCCCGCGGAUGCGACCAGACGCGGAGACCUUCGUGCCGAGUGCGAUGCGAGGGACCCGCUGUACAUGUGGCACGGUGACUUUCAGCAGUGUCCCCGUCGGCGCUGUGGUCUACAAGAAGGGGGCCCAGCAGCAGGCCGACGCUCUGCUGGGAGCCCACGGUGUGACGCUCGACGCGGCCUCCUUCGUGCACGGUGUGGGCUGCCUGCGCGCGGCGGGUGCCGCUGCUGGCGCCGACCCCAGGGGGCGCGAUCGGAGCCCUGGGGGCUUGGGAACGUUUCCCAUCGACGCUGACGCGUCGGUCGCGGCCGUUUGCGCCGACCCCAGGGGGCGCAUCAGGAGCCCUGGGGGCUUGGGAACGUUUCCCAUUCUUGCUGUUACCGUGGCAGACUCGGUGCAGAAGGAUGGGGAGGCCUGCCCUGGAGGUAUGGCUGCAGCAGACGACGUGGACGUCUACAUCAGCGAGCGGAUGGAGGAGUUGCGGUUGUGGUCGCCAUCGGCGGGUUCUUCCUCUUCGUUCGCGUUCGUCCGCCGUCGUGAGCGCCUCGAUUACAUCUUGGAACGUACCACGGAGCUGGAGGAGUGGAAGGCAUCGGCUGCGUCGUACGCAGACCGUCGGUUCAUUCGGCAACGCAAGCAGUUCGACCUUUUCGGACGGGAAGCCCUCGGGGCUAAGGACUGGGGUGCCUCAGAUGUUUCUGCCAGCGACUGCAAGCAAUCUUAG